AUGGAGGCGAGUGGAGGAUUAGUGGCUGGAUCGCACAAAAGAAAUGAGCUUGUUAGAAUUCGCCAUGAUUCUGAUAGUGGGCCGAAGCCCUUGAAGAAUAUAAACGGGCAGAUAUGUCAGAUAUGUGGGGACACUGUCGGAGUGACUGCCAAUGGUGAUGUCUUCGUUGCUUGUAAUGAAUGUGCCUUUCCAGUUUGCCGAGCUUGUUAUGAAUACGAACGGAAAGACGGUAAUCAGUCGUGCCCCCAGUGUAAAACUAGGUACAAGAGACAGAAAGGGAGUCCGCGAGUCGAUGGUGAUGAUGAUGAGGACGAUGUUGAUGAUUUGGAGAACGAGUUUAGUUAUUCUCAGGGGAAAAACAAGGCUCGAUCUCAGUGGCAUGGGGAUGAAAUCGAGCUUUCUGCAUCUUCUAGACGUGAAUCUCAACAACCGAUCCCUCUUCUUACCAAUGGGCAGCAAGUAUCUGGAGAGAUUCCUCCGUCUAUACAAGACACUAAUUCAAUUAGAAGUACUUCGGGACCUUUGGGACCUGGAGAUCGUAUCCACUCCCUUCCUUACGUUGAUCCACGUCAGCCAGUUCCUGUAAGAAUCGUCGACCCUUCCAAAGACUUGAACUCGUACGGACUCGGAAAUGUUGACUGGAAGGAAAGGGUAGAUAGUUGGAAACUAAAACAGGAUAAAAAUAUGGUGCAUAUUAAUAAUAAAUACAGUGAAGGGAAAGGAGAUACCGAAGGCACGGGUUCAAACGGAGAGGAACUUCAAAUGGCUGAUGAUGCUCGGCAACCAAUGAGUCGAAUCGUGCCAAUUUCAUCUUCCCAUCUUACCCCUUACCGUGUCAUAAUCAUUUUUCGAUUGAUCAUUUUGGGUUUUUUCUUGCAAUACCGUUGUACUCAUCCAGUGAAAGAUGCUUAUCCAUUGUGGCUGACAUCAGUUAUCUGCGAGAUUUGGUUUGCCUUAUCUUGGCUUCUCGAUCAGUUUCCGAAAUGGUACCCUAUUAACCGAGAGACCUAUCUUGAAAGACUAGCACUAAGAUACGAUAGAGAGGGUGAGCCGUCACAGUUGGCACCGAUUGAUGUGUUUGUGAGUACAGUGGACCCGCUGAAAGAGCCUCCACUCGUAACUGCAAACACUGUGUUGUCCAUCCUUUCUGUGGAUUACCCUGUUGACAAAGUCUCGUGUUAUGUUUCGGACGAUGGUUCGGCGAUGCUGUCCUUCGAGUCUCUGUCUGAAACUGCUGAAUUCGCUAGGAAGUGGGUCCCAUUCUGCAAGAAACACAGUAUCGAGCCUAGAGCCCCUGAGUUCUAUUUUGCUCAGAAGAUAGAUUACCUCAAGGACAAAAUUCAGCCUUCCUUUGUCAAAGAACGUCGAGCAAUGAAGAGAGAAUAUGAAGAAUUUAAGGUAAGAAUCAAUGCUCUUGUUGCAAAGGCUCAAAAGAUGCCUGAAGAAGGAUGGACAAUGCAAGAUGGAACUCCCUGGCCUGGAAAUAACACUCGAGAUCAUCCAGGAAUGAUCCAGGUCUUUUUGGGGCACAGUGGCGGUCUUGAUACAGAUGGAAACGAGCUACCUCGAUUGGUUUAUGUUUCUCGUGAGAAGCGCCCUGGAUUUCAGCAUCACAAGAAAGCUGGAGCUAUGAAUGCUUUGAUUCGAGUCUCUGCUGUCCUAACAAACGGAGCGUAUCUUUUGAAUGUUGAUUGUGAUCACUACUUCAACAACAGCAAAGCUCUUAAAGAAGCCAUGUGUUUUAUGAUGGACCCUGCUUACGGAAAGAAGACUUGCUACGUGCAGUUUCCACAGCGUUUCGAUGGAAUUGAUUUGCACGAUAGAUACGCUAAUCGCAAUAUUGUCUUCUUCGAUAUUAACUUGAAAGGGCUGGACGGGCUACAAGGCCCCGUUUAUGUCGGAACAGGGUGUUGCUUUAACAGGCAAGCUUUAUACGGUUAUGACCCUGUCCUAACGGAAGAAGAUCUUCAACCAAACAUUAUAGUCAAAAGUUGCUGCGGUUCAAGAAAGAAGGACAAAAGUGCCAAUAAGAAGUACAUUGACAAGAAACGAGCGGUUAAAAGAACCGAAUCCACCAUUCCUAUCUUUAACAUGGAGGAUAUUGAAGAGGGUGUCGAAGGAUAUGACGAUGAGAAGUCACUUCUCAUGUCUCAGAAGAACUUGGAGAAGCGUUUCGGCCAAUCUCCGGUUUUCAUAGCCGCAACUUUCAUGGAAAUGGGAGGCAUUCCACCCACAACAAAUCCAGCUACUCUUUUGAAAGAAGCUAUCCACGUCAUCAGCUGUGGGUACGAGGAUAAGAGCGAGUGGGGCAAAGAGAUUGGAUGGAUAUACGGUUCUGUGACGGAAGAUAUUCUAACUGGUUUCAAAAUGCACGCACGAGGGUGGAUUUCGGUGUACUGUAUGCCACCUCGCCCUGCUUUCAAAGGGUCUGCACCAAUCAAUCUUUCCGAUCGAUUGAACCAGGUUCUUAGGUGGGCCCUAGGGUCAGUUGAGAUUCUUCUGAGCAGGCAUUGCCCUAUAUGGUACGGCUACAGCGGUAGAUUGCAGCUCCUUGAGAGGCUCGCGUAUAUCAACACCAUCGUGUAUCCACUCACCUCCAUUCCUUUGCUUGCUUAUUGUGUUCUCCCUGCGGUCUGUCUUCUCACCAACAAAUUUAUCAUUCCCGAGAUUAGCAAUUUUGCGAGUAUGUGGUUCAUUUUCCUCUUCAUGUCAAUUUUCGCCACCGGAAUACUCGAGAUGCGGUGGAGCGGCGUCAGCAUCGAGGACUGGUGGAGGAACGAGCAGUUCUGGGUCAUUGGUGGCACCUCCGCGCAUCUCUUCGCCGUUUUCCAAGGCCUAUUGAAAGUCCUCGCCGGAAUCGACACAAAUUUCACCGUCACUUCCAAAGCCUCCGACGAAGACGGAGACUUUGCUGAGCUGUACGUCUUCAAAUGGACCUCACUUAUCAUUCCUCCGACCACUGUCCUCUUCAUCAACAUGGUCGGAAUUGUCGCCGGAGUUUCGGCAGCUAUCAACAGCGGGUACCAGUCGUGGGGACCGCUUUUCGGGAAGUUGUUUUUCGCGAUUUGGGUGAUUGUGCAUUUGUAUCCGUUCCUUAAGGGUUUGCUGGGGAGGCAGAACCGCACGCCCACGAUAGUUAUCGUGUGGUCUGUCUUGCUUGCUUCGAUUUUCUCGCUGCUUUGGGUGCGGAUAGACCCGUUCACUUCGGAUGCUACGAAGAAAGCUGCACAGGGUCAAUGUGGGGUCAACUGCUAAGUUAUGUGUUGGUGUAUAUAAAAGGACAGACAAGAAGAAAAAAAAGUUUCUUUUAUGUUUUUUGGGUUUAUAAGUUAUGUUGUCCGAAAGAGUGUGAUGGUUAAAAAUGGGCAUUUGUUUUGAGGGGACCCUUUUCAUUUUUGUGUUGUAAUUUAAUGAAUUGCAAUUGCUGCUGAACUUUGUGUACCAGAUAUUUGAGGUUAAAUGUAAUAAUUUUAUAUUUUUUUU